GUGGUGGUGGUAGUAGAAGUAAAGUAGUGGUGGUGGAAGUAGUUGUAAAGUAGUCGUGGUGUUAGUAGAAGUGAGAGACAAAGAGAGGUAAAGAUGGAGAGACAGAGAUAGAGAGCGAGGCACAAACUGCUGGAGUUUUAUCAGUUUAUCCAAAUGAGCUGUGCUACUAUAUCAGGAGCCUGAAAUGCCGUUGUUGAGCAGAAGACUGAGAGCCCUGCCAAGGAAACACUCGAAGAAAACUCCAUAUAGCAUAACCAGAGUAAUGGCCGGGUACCAGCGCUGCAUCUCCCUGGCCUUGGUGGGUCUCUUGCUGUGCCACAACUUCCUGGCAGAAAGUACUGCGUGCACUUCCCGCGAAAAAGGUUUUGCCCAUUGCAUCUUCCUCUGCCGUCAUUUCCCCCAUGGAGCACCACAAACCGCUAAUUUGAAAAAAUGGAAAGACUUCCUCGGAGACCCGGACCCCAACCGGCGUAUUCAGUCCUUCCUGAAGCCCAGCGACCUGGGCAGGGUGAAUGCGGUGUGCACCGACGAGGGGGGCCGGCAGUGCACACAGCCAGCAAAUCCGAAUGACAAGAGGCAGAACCUUUGCAUCAGCAGGCAGCCAUUCAAAUAUUUAACAGUGGUCAGCGAUUAUGCCGGUUACCCGUACAUGGUCACAGAGGAGAACAAGCACCUGAUUCUGGCCUGUGACAAAGUGGAUAACAUAUGUCUUCCCACCCACUUCGAGCCAAACAGGGACAGAAACCAAAAUGCCAAUGUCUGUCGAGGCAAAACCAAACCAAAGAUAAAUGUCUAGUGGUCGUUGUAGUCUGCCCUGCUUCUGCCUAUCUGCAGUCAGUCGUUCCUUUUGACAGCAGGGGCUUAUUGUAUCCAUGCUUCAUAUUAUAUACAUCAUCUUAUUUUUUUAACUUUUUUUUCAAAGCUAAAUAUUUUUGAAGAAUUAAUAUGUGGACCAACUUCUAAUUUGACAUAUGUGGUAUGUUAUGAAAAGUGUUUUGGUCUGUUUAAUUAAUUCAAA